AUGACAGCUCCCAUCCUCAUCGUCGGAGCAGGCCUCGGGGGUCUCAGCCUUGCCCAGAGCCUCAAGAAGGACGGGAUAGCAUUCAAGAUAUUCGAAAGAGACAGCACAGCAAGCUAUCGUGCACAAGGAUACAGAAUCCGCAUCUCACAGCAUAUGCUGAAGAAACUGUUACCUCAAGACGUGUUUGCGACCCUUGAAAAGGCGUGCCCCGAUGUCGUCCCAGGCGGCAGGCGGAUCGACGCAAUCACCGGCGAGACACAUGAAGGCGCGGGGGGGCCCAACUUGAAGGACCAACAUUCCUGGAACGCCGACAGGACCCUUAUGCGAACCAUUCUGAUGACAGGAUUGGAAGAACACAUCGAAUUCGACAAGAAGCUCGAACGGUAUGAGCUUGCAGGAGAAGGGGUCACAGCCUACUUUACCGACGGCACUUCUGCCUCUGGAAGGUUGUUGAUCGGUGCCGAUGGGGUCCGAUCAAGUGUCCGUAAGCAACUGGUCCCUGACCAGGUCAUCCUCGACACACAGGUCCGAGCAGUCUUUGGCAAGACACCCAUACGAGAUGGACCUCUUGUUCCUGCCGAUGUCGACAAGGGCAUCACUGUCAUCAGCGAACCACCACCGACCGCAGCUGUGAAGUUGUUCUGUGACGGCAUGCGGUUCGACCGAGAUGUGGACAUUGCCGUAAAACUGCCAGAGGACUAUAUCUACUGGGUCCUUCUAUUCCCGAAGACGAGAGUCAGCAUCUCCGACCAAGACUUGCUGUCUCUGGAUGGCGAAAAGUCUGUGCAGCUCGCGCAGCAUCUUACAUGCGAUUGGCGAAGGAGUAACCGCGCAAUCAUCGACCAUGCCGACACGUCGGCAUGUGCAGCGUUGGCCUUUGAGAUGGCAGCGCCAGAACAUCUGGGAUGGACACCCAAUGCCAAAGUCACCCUUCUCGGUGACGCAGCUCAUCCAAUGGUUCCUGUGGGAGCUCUUGGUGCCAACGCAGCAUUCGAAGAUGCGGUCUGUCUCGCUGCUGUUCUGCGAGGUCCAGUCAAUGAAGAAGCGUUGAGCACGUACGAGAAGGACGUCACGACGCGGGCCAGAGCUGCAAUAGAACAAGUCUUGGGGCCAGGACGAGGGCUGCUCGGAAUGAAGCCGAUUGAGGAGUUGAAGCCUUCAUCUCUGUGGACGUGGCGUUGA